UCCUCCCUCAGCGAUGCUCACAUGCACGCUCCCGGAUCGUGAAUUAGAGGAUGUGAAAUCACGGGCAUAUAUAAACAAGCCGGUCGUGAGGAGAUGGCACCAAGCAGUUGCCCUCACGCCUGUGUGCUCCAAGCAAGAUAUCCAGACUUCAUUGUGCUACCAUGAUCGGAAAGGUGUUUCUCCUAGCGUGCGUCGCCGUUUACGCAGCCGGGCAAACAGUUGUUCAACCGGUGGAAUCACCUCCGCAACCGUAUAGCUUUAGAUAUGACACCACUGACGAGUACGGCACCCGGAUGACGCGCGAGGAGACCAGCGACGAGUACAACAACAAGGUUGGAUCCUACAGCUACACGGACCCGAACGGCAUCACACGCACGGCGCACUACGUCGCCGACGCUGACAGCUUCCGCGUCGCUAUCGAGACAAACGAACCUGGCACCCGCACUUCGAACCCCGCCGACGCGCAGAUCACCUCUUCGGCCGUUGAGCCGCCGCCCACUUAUGCGCAAGCCACUCCUGUCCCCUAUCAUGCACCGGUCGCCGUGCACGCCGUGCACGCUGGUCCGGAUGCCGUAGCGGUACACGGUGCCCCGACUGCCGAAGCUGUGCAUGCUGCACCGGUGGCUGGCGUCGCUCUCCACGCUGUCCAUGGCGCACCAGACGGCGUACACGCAUCGCCUGUGACCCUGCACGCGGCGCCCGUGUCCUACGCAACGGCGAACCACGCAGCGCCCCUGUCGGUCGUGGGGCGAGCCAAGAGUCGCCGUUAAAUAAGCUAGGUCCGUGGCGCAGCUUGCUUCGAGAAUCAGGGAUCAGUGUUCAGUGCUUUUUUCUUCCCCUAUUCAUUUGUUGCGGACUGUAAUUCGCGCCGGUGUGGAGACCAUCUCUAAGCUUGAUUACUUUGUGCUGAAAGUAUGUGUGUGACACGCAAAUUCCUCUGUGAGAUAUCUGUUCAUGCUAGGGUUCGUAUUCGGUUCUUAAUGUUUUCUAUGCUUCUAUAACUAAAAUAGCGGUGUCUGGUAUAACGCAGCAGAGAAACUCAUACGUAAGACUAGAUCAUCUCGUAUGGAGGCCUCUGCUUGUUGGCCCUGCUGCCAUGCCCGCAGACACCCUUCUGUAGGUUUGCUGCACUAGUCGUUGAGUUAGCCGCACACGAAGCUGCGUUAAGCACCUAGCUAUCUACCAACAAACAUCAGAAACGCACCUAGAAGGCAAAGUAAUCGAACUAUUUCUCCUGUAUUCGCAAACAAUCGUUGACUAAAAGCUAUUGUUCGACACCAUCUAGUUUCUACAAAUGCCGCCGAGUGCCACCAAGUGGCUUAUAGCGUCUCUCUUCGAUUGAAGACACUGCGCUUCAUUAACGCCCCUAGUCCAUUCCUACGGCGAAGAGUUCCCUGAGGAGCACACCUUGACUCCACUGCUUUCGCAUAGUCGCCGACAGCAUCUGCUUACCGAAAUUCCACUCAGAAAUCAACGUGCGGCUUCACUGAAACGCAGUGACCACUUCAUUUGAACGGCCAUGCUUCAAUCAAAUUUCCUGAGUCUCAGAUGCAACCUGCGCCGGAAUAAAUGUCUAGAAUAUGUGAAUGUCUUUUUGUUCUUUUCCUUGGUUGAGUGCACAAACUUCCCGUUAAUAUCAAAUACUACCCAAUCUUUCUGCGAUAUGUUUUGUAAUGUUUAAUAUUUGUGCUAAUUUCCCUAACAAAUGCAUUGUCUUGCUCAGACGUUCACUUACGAGUUUUAACUCGAAGGAGUGCAACGCAUGUCACAUUCUAUGUUUUUUUUUUGUUCUUUGUUUUAGUGCGAUGGUAUUGUUUGAUCUACCGUAUUUGCUAACAUGAGGAUGUAAAUGUGUCUUGUUUUGUACACCGUAGGGAGGAAGACAACCUGUGCGAGCUUUUGUUUUUGUUGAAAAUGUGUUAUAACAUGUGCAUUCAAACUAAAAUGUCCUUGGUGUUUUGAAGCCGCUAACAAAUAUUUGCGAAUCCCUGAGUAACCUAAAAUGUCUACAACCAACCACACGUAAUACUGGACGCAGGUUCAAACACGCAGACACUAACAAAUGCCCAAGAAUGUACAGACCUUCAAAAAUAAUGAAAUAAACGUAAAGACUAUCCUCUUUAUUCAUCUUUCUCUUAUUAAGGAUGCAAAUAUACACACUAUAAACAAGCAGAAAAAAAGGCUACCCUUGUUUCAUAUUUAGGUUUAUAUUUAUGAAACAUACACUCUUAAUGUAUUUCUGGACGUGGAGGCUACAGCUAAAUGCUCCCUAAGGUUUGUCAUGAAUAAAAAUAAAAAGUCAGCAAUGGAAAACGACAUUGCUUCCCGACUAUUUCUAGACUUUUAUCUUCCUUCGCGACUUGAUUUGUGUUAUCUUGUUAGAGUAGGCAAGAUCUGGAAAAAAAAUCAUGUUUUAAUAAGUAAGAAUAGGACUUACCAUGUUAAGAUUUUAAUGAACCCUUAGAGGCUACAACAAUACGACGCACUAUCGCGCUCAAAAUUAGCUACAACCCGAAAGCCCUUGGCAGUGCUGUCGUGCUUCGUACCUCAUGCUGAAUACGACAUUAGAUCAUUUUUCGAAUUGUACCAACCAGUUUAAACAAUUCAGUUUUUUUCCCAGAUCUUGGACGGGCUUGUUUCUGUUAACAAAGCUAAAUUGUGACCUAUGUAACCUGCAACAGUUGCUCCUACAAGUAUCAUGGCUUAUGGAAAUGUCUUGGAAAUUCUGCGAAUAAAUUUGCGUGGUGCCUACUUAACAACACAAUUGCUAAAGCGAAAUUUCCUCUGAUUACAACGACACAUUGUGUGUUUAUACUUUCUGUUACGGGAAUCACCCUGAGUCAUUUUUCGCCUUCAUCGCGUGGCGUGAUGGUCCCGUUUUGGUUACAUUAAAGCUGGCAUCACACGACGAACCGCAUUGUCGAUUUCCUCGGCGGACGAGCGUGACGCAGCUAUGUGUCAGCAAAUCGUGCUGCAGACAAGUAUUCAUGAUACUGUAGCUGCUUGCGUCGCGAUUUCCUGCAGCUUAGCCGUGUCAGCCUUCUGCCCUCGAAGUGAACCAGCGGUUUGUGCGGUCAUCUGAGCCUAGCUUAAAUGGGUUCCUUAGAUGAAACAAACAUCACUGUUUACACGCAUGCAAUUUUCGUCAUGGACCAUUUUCCUUCGCGAUCAACGCAAUUGCUGCAUCGGCGCUCUGGGCAUACAUGAUGGCUAAGAAGUUUGUGGACUCAUUUGUGAAAGUAGCCAAUACUGUUCUUCACAGUAUUGCAGUGGAUGAAAUCUUAUAUUGUGUCAUUACGUGCAAACCCAACAACAUACACUGUUUGUUUCAUCGUUUUAUUUUGGAUGGCCUGAAUGGCAACCCUACUGGUCUGUGUGCAGUGUACUGUGAUAAGUUAUUAUGUAAUAAAAACUAACGCUUGCAU